AUGGCAGCACCAGAGAGUUUUAUUCAGAAGCUUCAGCGUGCGCAGACCUUUUGCUCUCGCAAUGCCCAGCUGCUGAACGUCACAGAUUACUGCGCCACCAACCAGAUCGCCCAACCUCAGUUUCAAGACUACUCUGACCCGCGAGGAAUAAGGACUGCCUGGAGUAGCAGUGUCUUUGUCCACGGUCGCGAGUUCCGAGCCCCCCUAUGGCGAGACUACCGUUACCUCGAACAAUCCCGAGAAGAUGCCGCCGAGGUCGCCUGGAAGGCACUCAACGCCCCCUCUACAACGGCCGUAUCCCAGGUACAAUACAACCGCGCCUAUACAAGUUCUCGGUAA